AUGUUCCCAUCUGCUAUCAGACAAUUCUCAAGAUCCCAAGCCCGUUUAAGUGGUGCCACUCCAACCGGUAGACAAGCUGCUGUCAAAUGGGUUGUUUACUUCUUUGGUAUCACCGGUUUCUUCGCUGCUCUUGGUGGUGUUUUCUAUUACCAAGCUCAAGAUUCAACUAUUAGAAAAGCUUUAUUAAAGAAAAGAGCUGCUGAUGAAGCCCACAGAAAAAGAAACACUGAAGCUGUUAAAGCUGCUGCUGAAUCUGAAUAA